AUGACCAGAACAGGCACAGGCACAAGUACAGGUACAGGUGCCUCAUCUACAACGUCGACGACAAAUCAACAAGUUGUUGCUGCUGCUGCUGCUGAUAUGUAUGUUGAUGUGCUGUUUAGUCCCAAUAUCCAAUCACAACUCUUUGGGGUCCACCAAACCUCCAAUCUGCUGCCAAAAAUGAUGCUGUUAUCGUCCCCCAUGAUGGGUUCGAACCCUGGUCAUCAUAUCAAGGUUAAGCCACCAUAUUCUCGUAACAAAAAUAUGAAUGAACCAGGAUAUGUUUUUACUCCCUCACUGCCAAACUACACCAAUAGCAAGUUAGCAGAUGGUAAAUCUCCAGCUCUUGGAAACUCAGCCUUAUUAUGUGGUGACUUGCCUUUAACAGAUGCUGAUUUGGCAGUGUUGGAUUCAAUUCCAAUCGAUAAUCCAGUAUCUGAAAGUACUUUAUGGAAUUCAGAUGGUAAUGGGAAUUAUAUAACUGAUAUUGGUCCUCUGCAAUUGAUUCAAUAUCAUUCUUAUGCUCCUAAUCAGUUUCGAACAUAUCAAAUGCCAUUAGUUGGGUCUCCUAUAACUGUUUCGUCGGAAACUAAUUCUGCUUUUAAUAGUGGUUUAGAUAUUUCAGAAAUUCAGAAGUACGAACCAAUGGAAUCCCGUUCCAUCCCUUCCUUACCUUCUCAAUCUUUCUCUCAUAGUUCCUCCCAAAAUGGUGCUAGAGUAAACAUCAAUUCAGAACCCAAUAAGGAUUUACAAAAUGUACCUUUCAAUCACCAAUCCCCCCCACCAAAUAGCAACCAAGGUCAAGGAAAUAUGUUAGAGUUUGACCCUUCUAAGUACACCAAUACGGUUGGCCCAAACACUAGCGUCGUGACUUCAGAUCAGUAUCAAGUUCUUUCUUCAAGACCAAGUGGUGUGAUUUCUCAUAACACUACUAACCAAACUUCUCCCCAGUUCUCUCCAGUGGCAGGCUCACAAAGACAAUCAUCCAUAUCAUCACUUCCUAUAGAUCAAUUAAACUUGUUGAGCAUCCAAGCUUCAAAAUCCCCUUCUCCAAAUGAUUACGUGUUUUCCUCUGGCCAAGUUGCAAUUCCAAAUUCAAGUAAUGGCAAUAAUAACUCCAAUAGUGUUACUACCAACUCCAAUACCAACACUAGUACCAAUACAACCCCUAAUCCUAAUACCUACUCUGAUAACACCAUCAACCCCAAAAAAUUAUUCCGUUCCCAUAGACUCAUCUCCACAUCACUUUCAUCUCCAAGUUUAACCACGUUGUUUAAAGAUUCAAUUUAUUCUAUCCAGAAUCAUUACCCUGGAGGUAAAAGAUAUUCACAAGGCAGCAAUAAUCAAGGCAAUCCCAUUGUACUAAAUGCAAAUCAUAAUUCAAACCAACCAAUAUCGUUCCCUGCAAUUUCCAAUUUACCAUUAGUCACUUCAACUAUUCCACAUGGUGUCAAUCCGUCAUCACGCUCAAGCUCAACUUCUGCAAGCUCUUCUACCACAGUUGGAACAACAGAUACUGCAAUAACAGAGAUCAUCCCACCUGCGUCACUUAACAUGAAUGAUGAAUGUUUCAACGCUAUCAGUUAUUGGUUAAAUAAUAGCGAUAACGAUGAGAAUAAUAUGAUUCAUAAUCCAACUGGAGUGAUGAUGAAUCGUAAUCUGACACUAAAUAAUGGAAUGGGUCAGAAUUAUUCUGGACUCAGCAAUUCCACCAAUACAAAGCAACGUCGGAAUUCUAUUCAAUCUUCGAACCCCUCCAAUUAUAUCAACCAUAAUUGGUAUAUUCUGAAACGAAAACGUAGAAAGUCAUCUACCAAUGGAAAUGGUAUGGAAGAUCGUCAGCAGGUGAAAGACUUGCUUCUUUCUCUGCAACAGAACUUGCAAACACAUCCUCAAACUUCUGAAGAAAAUGAGGAGUCUAGUAUUUUCAUCUCCAAUGGAGUUGUUUCUAAUGUUGCCAACGGCAACUCAUUUGAACUGAAUUCCUUUCCUAUCACUAAUCAUCAGAGAUCCAACUCACUUAACAACCCCAACUUGAACACUUAUUUGAUUGAAGAACAAGAUGGAGAAGGUAUUACAAUGGCAAUUGACUCACCACAACCUCAUAUACCGAAUGAAAAUGAAAUCGAUGCAAAUGCUUUGUCCUCAAACCAAACAACUGAUAUGAUACCACCUAGAGCAUCAUUGAAUGGAGUUAAUGGCAAUCCAGGAUAUGCAAAGACCAUUUCCAAAGGGGCUACGCGUGCAACAAAAUCAGACUCAAAAGAUAAUUAUAAACCUGUUGUAGGUGGUGUACUUGAAAAGCAGGCUAUUCAAUUAGAAAUCACCAAUUCAGCAACAAAUACAACUACCACAGUUACGGUUAUACCUCAUGGAUCUGGCGACAACAUUAUAUUUGGAUGUCCACUGUGUGAUAAGCAAUUCAAAAGAUCAGAGCAUUUGAAGAGACACCACCGUAGUGUUCACUCAAAUAUCAGACCUUUCCAUUGCACAUUCUGUGAAAAGAAGUUUAGCAGACUGGACAAUUUGGCUCAGCAUUUGAAGACUCAUUACAAAAUGGGAGCUAACAGUGGACCAGGAGGUCGUAGACGUAAGGAAUCAGUUUGA